AUGGGCAUCUCUUGGGACAACUGGCACAGGAGUUCCAAGACCGGGGGCAGGAGAAAGCUCUACCACAGGAAGCACGAGCUGGGACGCCCCAUUGCCAACACUAAGAUUGGCCCCCACCGCAUACACGCAGUUCAAGUUCCGGGAGGCAGUAAGUACUGUGCCUUGAGGCUGGACCUGGGAAACUUUUCCUGGGGCUCCAAGUGUUGUAUGCACAAAACAAGGAUUGCUGAAGUCGUCCACAAUGCAUCCAACAACCGACUGGUCCACACCAAGCCCCUGGUGGAGAACUGGAUCGUGUUCACUGACAGCACCUGGUACCCACAGUGGUACGGGUCCCCCUGUGCACUGCUCCCGGGCCACAAGAAGGGGACCAAGCUGGUUCCCGAGGAGGAAGGGAUUUUAAACAAAAAACAUUCAAAGAAAAUUCAGGAGAAAUAUGAUGAAAGGAAAAAGAAUGCCAAAAUCAGCAGUCUUCUGGAGGAGCCGUUCCAGCAGGGCGAGUUCCUUGCGCGCAUGGCUUCAAGACCAGGCCAGUGUGGCCCAGCAGAUGGCUGUGUGCUAGAAGGCAAGGAGCUCGAGCUCCAUCUUAGGAAAAUCAAAGCCCAGAAAGGCAAAUAA